CACAUGUUCAAGAGUGAUUAUAUAUAGAGGCACGUGAAUAUACACAGAAAACGUUUUUUAGAUGUAAUAUACAGUUAAUGGGAUUCCGGUUUUUUGUUUUAUUUAUUUUUGCAAUAUUUGAAGCCGUGUGGAGAUAAUUGUGAAAACAUGCAUUGGUCAGGAAAGUUACUACAAGCUAUAUUAUCUUAAAUAGUCUAGAAAGCCCGAAAUGGCCAUUACUGUUCACAGUUAUGAUGUUGUGUGUCUUGGGAGUUUUGUCACUAAAAUUGUAGCUUUUAUUUUGAAGUGUUUCCUGGAUUGAACCUGGUUGUUUUCAAAACAGCGACAGACAGAAGCCGAGCAGCACUGCAGUGAGCUGCAGCUCUGUCUCUGCUCGCUGUCUUUGGUUCUCCUCGACGACUUCUCCCCGUUUCCCUGAUUUUUAUUCGUUCAUGUUCCUCCCCAGGAAUUUGCACCGAAAGAUAAUCCCUAAAUGCCAGCCCCCCUCGCCCGCUGGGAGGACAGCUGGUGCGCUGAUAACAUUGGAGUCGGGGUUGCCCUUGACUUGGGCAGGAGUUAGGAGGAGCAGGGGACGACGAUCAUGCAACCUGAUGAAAGAACUGACAUUAUUGCGGCUGUGUGAUCUGCAUCGGCAGGGCUGUCAGGGAUGCUCUGUGAAUUAAUGUCAUCCCUGCUCCCGACCCAGGAGCACCAGCGUCCUGCUGAAGCAAGCAUCUGCAGGGAGCCCUGGCCCCGGAGCUCCGCUGGCCGAGCAGAGGAGGCCUGAGAGGUCUCCACCUCCGGAUUAUGGUGGAUGGUGGCAGAAGGCAAGUGUGCAUGACAAGAUAAACAAACCCAGAGCUGUCUGCUGUCCUGCAGCAGAGAUACAGUAGAGGCUGUGAGCGUGCUUGUCAUUGUUGCUUUUUUUGGUCUCUUUGUGGGAGUAGGUGUUCCUAUUAAUAAUAGAUGUGAUGGCCAGCAGCCCCUGAACUGUAAAUGUGUUCUUUGACUGGGCCGGCUUCUUUUUUUGAACCUCUAAAGAAAAUUGACUGAAAAUGAUGGCUGACCACGAGGAAGCAGAGCUGUCCGAGUCCCUUCAGAAGGAGGACGGGUUUUCCAGCGAGGUGGAGGAUCCAGGUACGAACUUCAAAUCUAAAAGUUUGCCUGUUUUAAGCGAAGCUGCACCUCAGGAGAAAACCUUACUGGCGAGCUCAGUGCGGAUGUCCAUAACGGCCGAGGAGAGCACAGAGUUCAUCCAGAACCCGCCCAACACUGAGUCGUUCCAGGCCGAGUCCCCAACGAGAGCAAACUACCCGCCAAAGCCAGGGAAGUCGGCGCUGAAUAGGCCGGCCUCGUACAUGGAGAACACGGAGAUCCGAAGGAGUAAACACAUGGCUAGGAGGAAGCCCCCGGGGUUUUUCGCAGCCAGGCUAGCUCAGAUUCGUCUGCCCAGUCGGAAGCACCUUGGCGUCAUCUUGCAGGACUCUCGCUGCUUCCUGUUCUGCAUGUGCUACCUGACGUUCAUCCAGUCGCUCAUGGUGUCUGGCUACCUCAGCAGCGUCAUCACCACCAUAGAGAAAAGGUACAGCUUGAGGAGCUCAGAGUCUGGCCUGCUCGUCAGCUGUUUCGACAUCGGGAGCCUCCUGGUGGUCGUCUUCAUCAGCUACUUUGGUGGGCGGGGCCAGAGGCCUCGCUGGCUGGCAGUGGGGGGCAUUUUCAUCGCUGUGGGUGCUGCCCUAUUCUCCUUACCUCAUUUCAUCUCCCCGCCCUACCAGAUCCAGGAGGUCAACUCAUCUUCGGCCAACGAGGGCCUGUGCAUGAAUAGCAAUGCCAGCAGCAGGGAUCGCGUUGACAUCACUUCCUGUCCCAGAGACCAGGAGGGCAACGAGCACAACCUGUACGUGGCGCUGUUCGUCAUCGCUCAGAUCCUGGUAGGCAUGGGGUCCACGCCCAUCUACACGCUGGGGCCCACCUACCUGGACGACAAUGUGAAGAAGGAGAAUGCCUCGCUGUAUCUAGCCAUCAUGUACGUGAUGGGAGCGCUGGGCCCAGCAGCUGGCUACCUGCUGGGUGGAGUCCUCAUCGGCUUUUACGUGGACCCCAAGACUGUUGUCAACAUCGACCAGAGUGAUCCCCGCUUCAUUGGAAACUGGUGGAGCGGGUUCCUGCUGUGCGCCAUAGCCAUGCUGCUGGUCAUCUUCCCCAUGUUCACCUUCCCCAAGAAACUGCCGCCCCGACACAAGAAGAAGAAGAGGAGGAAAAAGCUGAGUCUGGACGACCUGUCCAGUGACGACGACGUCCUCAAGGAGAAGAGCAACAACAAGACCCAGACGGUCACUUCGUCCAUGGGCUUUGGCAAGGACAUCAAAGACCUACCUAAAGCCGCAGUGAGGAUCCUCAGCAAUGUGACCUUCUUGUUUGUCAGCCUGUCCUACACGGCAGAGAGCGCCAUCGUAACUGCUUUCAUCACUUUCAUCCCUAAAUUCAUCGAGUCUCAGUUUGGGAUCCCUGCCUCCAAUGCUAGCAUCUACACUGGUGUGAUUAUUGUACCCAGUGCCGGCGUGGGGAUCGUCCUGGGCGGCUACAUCAUUAAGAAGCUAAAGCUGGGCGCUCGCGAGUCGGCCAAGCUGGCCAUGAUCUGCAGCGGCGUGUCCCUGCUCUGCUUCUCCACGCUGUUCAUCGUGGGCUGCGAGAGCAUCAACCUCGGAGGGAUCAACAUCCCCUACACCACCGGACCUACACUCACUAUGACGCAGAGGAACCUGACCGGAGGCUGUAAUGUGAACUGCGGCUGUAAAAUCCACGAGUACGCUCCGGUCUGCGGCUCUGAUGGCAUCACAUAUUUUAACCCCUGCCUAGCUGGCUGUGGCAGCGUGGCCAACGACAGCACUGGGAUCCGAAACUACUCCGACUGCGCCUGCGUUCAGAGCCGGCAGGUCAUCACGCCGUCGACUGGCAGUCAGGGCAGCAACCAGCUGCAGCUCGUCAUCGUCAAGACCUACCUGAACGAGAACGGCUACGCCGUAUCGGGGAAGUGCGACCGCACCUGCAAUACGCUCAUCCCCUUCCUCAUCUUUCUCUUCAUCGUCACGCUCAUCACUGCUUGCGCUCAGCCCUCCGCCAUCAUUGUCACCCUCAGGUCUGUAGCGGAGCAGGAGCGGCCGUUCGCUCUGGGAAUGCAGUUUGUCCUCCUCAGGACUCUCGCCUACAUCCCGACUCCCAUUUAUUUCGGGGCCGUCAUCGACACCACCUGCAUGUUGUGGCAGCAGGACUGCGGCGUCCACGGCUCCUGCUGGGAGUACGACGUCACUUCUCUGCGCUUCGUGUACUUCGGCCUCGCUGCUAGCCUCAAGUUCCUUGGCUUCUUCUUCAUCUUCCUCACCUGGUACUCCAUUAAGUACAAAGAGGAGCGGGUAGAGCGCUGGCUCAAGCGCCACCUGUCGCCCGUCGACACCGUGGGCAGCCUCGUCUGCCACCCCGGCGGCCACAAGGGCCACGCCCGCACCCGAUCCUGUCCCGUAAAUAUCCCUCGAACCGACCCCAACGCUCUGCCUGCUAAUGCACCGCCGCGCGCCGGCACCCUGAACCGUGGCGUUAGCACCCAGAGCUGCCCCGGCCAGGAGCUGAAAGCAAUAACUCCUCCUCCGGCAGCCGCGGCUGCACCUUCACCCGCAGCGGCGCCCAGCCCCGCACCUGCCCAAUCACUGGAACACGUCUCAGUCCGAGUCUGAGCUCCAGAUCGGGGCCAGGCGACGAGGCAGGUCUCUUCCACUGACAUCUUGUUUCUCCAGUCAGCUGGGUUUUUAGCCGCUGUCAGGAACACCAGUCACAACACGGAUGUCCCGCUCGCAUCUCAAAUCUCUGAUUAGCUGGUGAAACACUGGUAAACUACGUGGACCGAAAACCUUCAGGUAGACCUCCACUUUGUCCAGACCAGGUGGAAAUCUCUGCUCGGUUCAUUGAAAUGCAAAUGGAAGCUUGGUUUCCUUUGAGAUGGAAGACAGUUCAUCGCUUAUAAGCCCCCACCUCCACACUCCACCUUGGCAAUGUGUGCCUUCUGUCACCACGAUCCUCACAUUAAUAGUACAAAACACACUGGAAGCCCCUCACACACAGACUGGUCACCUUGUAGGAGUCACCUGAACAGAUACCUCAGCUUCGCUAACCUCUCCCUUCAGCUUCACCGUCGCCUCACGUCUGCGUGCUUCAUCCUCAUUUGCGAUUUUCUUUUGAGCCAUUUUUGUUCUUGUAUCAGCGCUUUCACUGGAAAAAAAAGAAAAACCUUUGGAAAUGUGACACACAACCGUUAAAGAACUGGAAACCGAUGGCAUGGUGCUAUGUGAAAAACAGCGUCCUUUUUUAAAAUCUUUUUUUUUUAAAAAGAAAAAACCCAACAGGUCACUGGGCUAAGCAGCUUGGCAUGCACAGAAUGCCUUCCUCUUCGAUGCAAGGCCUUUUGUUGCUCCCCUGACACAAUGACACGCAGUAUUACUGCUGAAAGUCGGAUUGUUUUGGCUUUUUCCAGCUCCAUACAAUGCAUCCAUACAUCCGGGCCUCCGACUGGCACCCUGUGAUAAGCAGCUUAACCUGGGAAGAAAAAAAAAAAAAAGAGGAUCGGCAUUUUCCUCCUGACCACAUUCCCGGCGAGCCAGCGGCGGAUUCUCCGAAUAAACGACUGGAAGAACGAGGAAAGAAACGGACUACAUUUCAGGCUCAGUGACUUCCGUCCACUUUACUAACAGCAACUCUAACAUUUGUACUCAACAUGUAGGAUGGCGAGUAGUCGACCAUCACGUAGAGGUCAUAGUGUAGUCAUCUGUUCCCUUUGUCUGCUCCAGAAAUGAAAGCGGCGUCUGCAGAUGGAAACUGUAUGAAUGCACCUUGAUGGUUUAAUAUGAAACACUAGUCCUGGUGUAUUAUGGGUAAUGACCUGCUCGUCUGCCAGAAUGUGAUGUGUGUUGCGUUUGAUAGGUGUAAGUCGCAGCCAAGUGAGGAAAAAAUAAGAAAAUAAGGCAUCAGUUUGCAGAAUGGUUAGGUUGUUUAUUGAGAAAGUAGAGAAAAGGUCACAGAUUCCUGAUGGAGUGCAGCUAAUGAUCGUUUUCUUUGAUCUAAAAAAAAAGUCAAACAAUGUAAAUCAACAGUUUUUCUGAGCUCAAAUUUUUUUGUUCAACCCCGAAACCCAAAGAUGUUUUUAGCAAUAUGAAAAACUGAAACGCUUAACCUAUCAAAUGUGCAAGUCCAAUUAGGCUCAUUUCCAGCUCUACUGUUUUACUCUUGGACUCGACUAGAGUAGCUUUGCAUGACUCACAGUUUAAAAUAAUCCUCUUUUAACUCAUACAGGCCUUUGUUCAGUCCCUCAAUUCGUCUACUGUCCCAAACAAGCUCUUUUAAUAUUUUACACCAGUGGUUCUUAAACAUUUUCAGGCCUGAUCCUGUUUUCACCUGUCACUAAACCAUCUUUUGUCAAUUACUAACAACAAACGUAGGGUCUUGAUCUAGAGUCAAUGCAAGAGCAUAGAAAAAAAAGUACCACUGCUUUAAACCUGCUUUCUUCUGGUUGGCUGCCCCUCACAAACAGUAGGUUUGAGCAGGAGGGGGUGGGGCUUUGGUCUCACACCCAGAGUGGUGUUGCCUGAGAUGACAAUAGUAGGGACUUCCCAGCUCACUCACUUAAAUAUUCACCAUUAAAACAGCAGACAUUUAAAGUAAGGAUAACAGCUCGACUUUAAAAGACGUGAAGCGCCAGUUUGAACCUCAGACGUUGUUUUUUCUUUUGGCAGUUUGGUGUAACAGAUUUAGUCGUUAAAGGUCAGAAUAAAUUUUGCUCCAUUUAUUAUGACAUUUAAAAAAUAUAACAUUAAACUCAGCAGCAGUCGUUUUUUGGUAGACGUUUUCUGAUCGUGUUCUGUGAAGGAAAAGUUGCACAACUGCUACUAAAUGCACUGAAAAGCAAGCAGUCACCGUAUUUGGAAAGUUUUCAACAAGAAGCCUCAACAAAAAUAAGUAAAAAUGACCAAUCUGAAGAAAACACAACCCAAUAACAGAAAAAUUAGACCUUUUUUUUUCUUGUUUGUUUUGAUUUCAAAAGUAACAGUUAAGUCAUAUAUUUAAAGCUUGUUUUAAAAUUAGUUAGUGGUUAAAGUAGUUAAAUUUUUGAUUUAGCAGCCCAGUGGAAGCAAAUAAACACCAUCACUUUUAUGUUUUUAAUUCUACUUUACACUAAACAAACUGUGGAACUGAAGUGAUUCUUAACAGUGAUGAAAGCUCAAAAAGUAACAAGUUUAAUUCCUAAAAUGUUUUAAUAGUUUUGCAAUAAAUGAAUAGUAUUAGUAAAAGUAAAUCAAUAACAUUUGUCGGACACUGUCAGUGCGCACAGUGAUGGGACAAACUUUUUGAUCCCGAAAACAAUUUUGCUCCAAAUUUUUUGGAUUCUUUUAAAUCCAGAGAUUACAUUUACAAAGGAAAUAUUUUUGAACCUGUACCACCAUGUAAGCCAUGUUUGUGUUUUGUACAUAAACAGUUGGAUGAGGAUUUGCUUCCACUGUGGCUGCAGGCCAAAACUUUUCUCCUCAGUCUAGAAACCUUGAGGGCAUUUCUGAGCUUUAGGAACAGAAAUAUAAAUUUAGAUCAGUGUCAGAGCUUCUUUCCUCUUGGCUCUCUGUUUACAGCUCGUUACACAUCCGUGUUUGUUUUUCCCUCUGAAAACUCAAACCUCACAAAAACACUGUGUUUGGAUGUCGAGGUGCGAUGCCCGUGGAGGCUCGAUGUUACAUGUGCUCUUACUGUACACGCGCAGUUUCAUCGAUCGCUGUCCUGUGAGGACACCUGCUGGGCAGAUGUGUACCAGCCGUCCGACACACACAUCAUGUCCCAAACCAACCGAAGAGAAAGACGAUCAAUACUUGUUACAUGCGAGACAGAGAACAAGAACCAAAACAGUAUUUUUGUGUGUCGACAGCACGGUUGGUGCCUCAUUUUGUCCCGGUGUUUUUACUUUUGAGACCUCAGAUAAAAGCAGCUCUGAUAUUUAAUGCUGAGCAUUCAAACUGGGCAAACUUUAAAAUGAGAUGCCUGACCAUCACUCCUGAACCCCAGAAAGUUUACACUCAUUUAAAGCCACCUGUUUCAUUUGCUGCACGGUUUGAGCUCCAGCAGGUGAAGGACAAUUUUUAAAACAUUUUCUGGCGUUUAACCUCUUUCACCAAACUAAUAAAAACGUAAUAAAAGGAGCUAUUUAAGCAGUAAGACUUCAGACAGAUACGAACAGGUCGACUUGGGCUGUAUUUUUAUGCGUUCAUCAAAGAUUCAGUAAAAGGACUCGAUGUUACAGUCCCUGACAAUGCAUUGCUUUAAAUGGAGAAAAUCUUGAGUGAUGGCUGUUAUGAGGAAAAGCAGCCCAGAAACUUGACCAGCGGCACACAUCGUUGUGUGCCUAAACUUUCGUUCUUUUACCCAAGCUAAUCUGCCCUUUUUCCUUGGUUAGAUUUAAAGAAUUUAAAAUUCAAAAUAGUUAAACUCAAAGGUUUGAGCAAGUCUAGGCAUACCUGUAAAAAGAGAACAGUUGCUCAUACGUUUACGUUAUACCUGCAUUAUUGACACAGUAUUGUCACUUCAUUGUAAUCGUCAAUACACGGUUAUCAUGAAACUCAUAACAGCCAACAAACAAUCGAUCAGUCGACCCUUGUUUUUGUUUACAGUUAAUGCAUUAAUAUUAUUAUUAUUAUCAUUAUUAUUAUUGUUUUACACGUGCUUCCUAUUUUGUUCCCCUCAGAGAGUUGCGGUGCAUCUUGUGCAGCAAUAGGAUAAAAAAUUAAAUUCAAGCUAGAAUAUUUCAAGAUGAGGCGCGUGCUGGAGCUGAUGACUGACUGGUGAGCUUUAAGGGUUCAGUGAUGUUAAAAAAGAUUCUUGUUUUAAUUAAAGUGAUUAUCAUGGUUGAACAGGUUAGAGCUCAUGUCUGAUGCAAUAACAUGUUUCUGUAAUGUUAGAGUGACAAUAAUCACACAUAAGAAACGUCGUUGGGACAAAAAAGAAAACGCACCACUUCUCAGUAAAUGGAAGGAAAACUUGACGCACGAUUCCAGUAGAGAAAGUAGAGUAGAAUCAAAUUUCAGCACAUCAUUCCAUUUUCAUGUACAGCGAGAACAACUAAUACAAAUCUCACCCGUGUCCGUCUGUGUCGUGUUAGAGAUGCUCGUCCAUCUGUUUAACAUUUAACAACCAGAACAUCUGCUGUUUCAGUUUGUCCAUGCAGCGCUGCGGUUUAGCUGCAGGUGGCGCUGUUUCACGUCUCAAACGACACUGGGGGGGAUGAACUGCUGACACCAGUAUUUCUUGAUGGCUGGCUUUUUUUUUCCCCUUUUUGAUACCACACAAAAAGAAAAUGGGAAGUUUUUAUUUAACAGGAGGAAAAGGUGCGUUUAUUGGGGACUAUUUUUCAUGGCGGAUUAGUCAACCUGUUACUUUUGGGGCAGCACAGUGAUGCAUGUGGGAGUGGGUCUGUGCUCAUGGUAAUAAAGGAACAUUUCAGUCGUCUUUGGACAGCGGUGCAGUGCUGUUAGGAGGAAGUUUGUGGCUUUCUGGGUGUCGUACAGCUUAAUAAACCUUGUAAUGAGGCACACAGGAAGCCUCCUAAUCCUCCACCUGGACCACCUGAUGCACUGAUAGAUAUUCUGUAAUCUUUAUAAUGAAGCUGAAAGCUUUUUAAGGGGUUCAAAGGUCCAGAAAUUCUCACUUCUCAUUCUAGCCGCACAUAACCAGCCGUGCACGUGGUGUCAGUAUUUCAUCCUCCGGCUUCAGGAUUUUACCACAUCGAGUCGUUUACCUCCGUGUGUUGCUUCAUAUGUGGCAUCAUUUCCAGACUGUGACUACAGACAAAGACUGAAUCUUUACGAGCUCCUUCAGGCAGAUGUAGGUUUUACCUUCUUGUUUUUUUUUUAAAGAAAAAAAAACAAUCAGUAUUGUAUUUAUUUCCAAACAGUGUUUUUGAAUGACUGAACGAUCGCACUGAUGAGAGGCAACAUGUAGAUUUGUGGAUGCACUGUUUACAGAUGCCUUGGUUACUUGACUUCUGUCAAUAAAAAUGUGAAGAAAAAAAUUAAUAAAAGAGAAUUACAGAAA